AUGGGUGAACCUGGCAGUGGCCUGCGUCCACAGAGGGAAAGUGAUGCUGAGACCACCAGCAUCGUCCGCGUAGUCACGACGUCCGCUACUAUGGUCAGACCGGUUUCCGCAACAUUGUGGCGUCCUUCCAUGGAGGAGCCUACAAUGACGCCGCCAAACCGCAAGAGGCGUUCUAACGAGACCGUGCAGUCGUCAGCCCCGAAGCGCCGCCUAACGAACAAUGACCCGUCGCCGCCUGGGGCAUCGGUGAACGUGACAUUGCGCGAGCGAAUACUAAGCGAAAGUGAGGCCGAGAUCACCAGCAUUGUCCACGUGGUUGACGACAGGUGCCACGUCUUCGACUCAACGGCCGAAGCGGAGCCUUUCUUUUUCCAGGGACAGUGGGCACGCGCGAGCCUCGUCAAGCCCAACAAAGACCAAACGUUCAUGCUUGAUCAUUUCUUCGAUGAAACAAAUGGUAUUGUGUAUUUGUUUGACACCCCCACGAAGGACAUGCUGACAGCGCUUCUUGAAGGGUGCAAUAGCUCUGUGUUCGCGGACAUUGCGACAGGCGCCGGCAAUACGAUCGCAGUGCUGGGCUCCGAGGAAUGCCCCGUAGUGGACUCUCGUACGGCCAUCGAGUGGUAUGAGCGAGUCGACAAACACCGGGUGGAAGGCCAGACAUUCGACGUAGCAGUAGCCUAUUCGGAAGCUUCCAACAAGGUUGUUCGACAUUUACUGUGCCCCGACCUUGCCAAGGCCAUCGCCAUAUCAAACCUCACCAUACACAAGGUGACGGAGGGUGGCUCCCUCUUCGAGCUGCUAUUGAAUGCAAACAAGAAGGGGACGCAGUACGCCACGGACGCGAAUGCCACGCCAUCAUGGUCGCAUGCAAACUUUCAGAUAUGCGCCACACAGACCGAUAAUGCCACAAACAUGAGCAAGGAAAUUCGCCUCUUGAAGAUUGGCUCUGUUGAGCUUGCCAGAUCGGAGGGCACAGUUGCGGUCAGGUGGAAUAUAAAGCAUUGGAUGAGCGAGGGUAUGAAGCUUCAUAUGUCCUUCCUGGUCCUCGCCAACUGCAUCGACACCCUUUCGAAGAACGGGAUGCAGCAAACGCUUCAUCGGGCUUCCAAGCUGACCCACAUCCUCAAGGACUCUCUGGGUAGCUCGUCCAGCACCCUCAUUAUUGCGGCAGUAACGCUGAGGAAGCUCAGCUACACGGAUACAUACAACAUCGUGAUGUACGCCGAGCGGGCCAUCUAG